AUGGAUCAAGGCGAAAAGGUCAAGCAGGGCCGUCAGGCUCUGGUCGAGAAGCUCAUCGAGCUAGGCACACAGGCAUCGAGACCAGACGCCGAUGACAGCACUCGGCAGACCGCUGACCGGAGAUUUCAUGACUUCGUGCAAAAUUCAGGGACGCUCUCGUUGAUUCCGGCCCUCAACUUCCUGAUCCAGCCGGGACGGGUGCCACCUGAGCUUCGCGCCAAGCUCAUGGAUGUCCUUACCCAGAUCCCUCUGAGGCCCGAUGGUGUGCGGGCUACCGUGGAAUUCGUCUUCUCUGUGCAUCCUUCAAGCACUGUCACCUCCUCGGAAGAGGCCAAGCCGCAAAAGGAAGGGGCUAACAUUACCCACGAGGCCUUGAGCAUGGCUGCCAAGCUCAUCGCAUAUCCUCCAAAGGCCGUCUCCCCCGAUACCUGGUAUCACAAGAUCGCGCCGCAGCUAUUCGCAUUAUUGGAUGGCCAGGAUGGACCGGAGCUCAUGAAGGUGGGAGCCUUUGUGAUCGGCUUCGGCAUUCUCGGUCGCAAACAGUCUGGUGCUCCCGGGACAGCUGGCUGGAGAGCCAUUGCGGAGCCUAUCUUGAGUCCUAUCAACCCGUCGUCUGCGGCAGCAUCCGCUUGGCAGAUCGGUCCUGGCAAGAUCAUAGACCUCAGCAAAGACAGGGUGCUCGUCUCGGCCGAGCAGCUGGCGCAGGCCCUGUUCCGUCUCCAGGCGCUAUUGAUCUCCCAUCCAAACCCCAGCCUGUCCAAGAGGCUCCUGCAUCCCAUCAUCCUUCCUCUCUGGGCUCUCGCGAGCUCAAUUCGCCCUCAAGCACAUUGUGAAGAACAUUACUGCCAGCCCGCGCAGAACCUGCUCCGCAUUUAUCUCAAACUCGCUGCUGAACCGCAGAGGAUAGAAACUGUAAUCCAAAACCUUCUAUUUAAAGGCAGCAAUGAAGGAGACCUUCGAUGGAGGUUCAGGGAAACAGCGAGUGGAGACAUAGAAGUUAUCAAACCACGAGAUACCGUCAAUGAAGGUGCCAUGCAAUUUGAGUGGACAGACAUUGAACCGAAGGUCGAAUCCCUGAUCGAGCUGAUCAAAUCUGUCUGUUCAGCGGAGGAUGUGUCCUCUAUAUUUACCGAACUCUUCGGCCGUUGGUUCUCGGCGAAUACGAAGAAGAACGACGAUGUCCUCUUGACCAAAGUUGACGAGACCCAGACCGAUCCGGUCAACCAAUUGAUACAGGUUAAGAUGCUACAAAGAAUGAUGGAUGCUUUCCCAUCACAAUUAGCAACCGGAUCUGACUCGAUUCUGAGAAUGGUGGAGCCCAUAUUGAAACAAGGUGCCGAUGAAGGAGACGACGAGACGGUGCCAGUGGCGCUCAGUCUGCUCAAUAUUGUUGUCACGGCGCCAAAUUUCGUGAAAGCCAGAACAAACAAGGACCUGAUCCAAUCUGUCGAAGUAUCACUGGAGCGACUCAGCAAGGCCGAUCUAGGAAGCUCAUCAGCAACAGCUAGAAAUCUAUCAUUACUUCUGAAAUACCGGGACGAGCUCGAUGACCCGUCCGAAAGGCCCUCCGCCCCAACAUCACGCCAAGUCGAAGACCGCAAGACCUACGACCUAGCCCUCUCCUACAUAACCCAGUCAGAUUCUCCACCGCCCGUCCGCGCCGAGGGCCUGAGCCUCCUCCAAUCCCUCAUCGUCGAAAACAGCCCCGUCCUAGAUAUCCCUGCGACCCUGGUCUUGAUGUCCUCGCUGUUGCAGGGUGACGAUGACUACAUCAAUCUGCGCAUGAUCAAGAUGUAUACACAGCUCGCGAACAAGCAUCCUAAAACCGUCACUAAGGAUCUCGUGGAGCACUACGUCGACGCCGAAGAGAAGGCGAGCGUAGACAUACGGCUUCGGUUCGGCGAGGCAUUGCUGCAGGUGAUCGAACGGCUGGGAGAAAUGUUCACGGGCGACACAGCGCGGCAGGUCGCCGAGGCAUUGCUGGCCACCGCAGGCCGGAGAGGAUACCGGCCCAAGACGGAACAGAAGCAGCAGCGGGAGGAGAAGCUGAGGCUGAUGAAGCAGAAGAGAGCCGAGAAGGAGUGGGGAGGGGAGGUACCUGACCUCGGCUCCGACGAGGAAGAGACGGAGGAGGACAAGGCGAAUAAAGAGCUCUUGACGCAGAUCAUCAGUGGGUGGGACAGCAAGAAGGGCAGCGAGGAUAUCCGCAUCCGCGGGUCUGCGCUGUCUAUCCUCGCCGUCGGCAUCGAGACCAACCUGCCCGGUGUUGGUUCGUCUCUCGUCUCUGCCAGCGUCGACCUCUCAGUCAACAUUCUCACGGUGGAGUCGGGGUUAGAGGCCGGCAUAUUGCGGCGAUCGGCCGUGCUAGUCAUCCUAGCUUUCGUGAGAGCACUGAACAAGGCCAAGGAGACUGGCAGGCGCGUGGGCUUCGGGCUGACGGAGGAGAGCCAGGAGGACAUCAAGAGGGUGCUGAGCUAUGUUGCCAGCACUGAUAAUGACGGUCUGGUCAAGCAGCACGCUAGUGAUGUGGUGGAGAGUCUGGACAACUGGCGGCUUGGGUCACUUGUUCCUCAGACGCAAGAGCAGGCAUCAGGGACGACUUUGACCAGGCUGGCGGGAUUGAGUGUUGAUCCUGAGAGGGCAGCGUUGGCAAAUAGGACUUCGAGACCUAGGAUUGAAGAGAUCGAGUGA